GGAUUCCGACAAACAGCAUGGCCGAAGAGAAGAAGAAGAAGGAAGAAAAGGAAGAUCCUUGUGCGGCGUUCGUGGGGAGCUACGUGCUAAAGACGAUGCGGUUGAAGGAUGAGAAAUGGCAGAAGCUAAUGGGAAACGAAGAACUGAAAGUGAUCGUCAUGGAGUGGGUCAAGCGGGCCAACGUCCGGCGGCUCAUCGUUACACUGAGCAAUGCCGGGGCGUUGAUCCCGACGCACUACUUCCCGACGGCCGGCAAAGGGAAGCGAUGCUUUUUCAUCAAGAUCAAGGAAACGGUGCUGGACAUCGAUUGUAUCCGGGAGCAAAUCAUGUACGGUGACCUGUCAGCGAACCCGAUCGAUGACCUUGCCGUGAUAGUGGACGAGAUUUUCUACCCGAUUAUCAGCAACCCGCGGAAUCAGGAAGGCUGGCCGGAUGUAAUCAAGAAGGACGUCGACAGCCACUUUCAGGACCUGAGGAACAUCAUUACGGAGGUGAAGGGUAACAUCAUUAAUCAAACACUUUUGCCCAUGCCCAUUUCGAUCGGAGAGGUGGAGAGCGUCGGGCAGCAGGUUGCCGAAGGCAACUUGGAUGGCUGCUCACUGAAGAUGAAGAACUCCCUGGAGGGCAUCGUCAUCAAGUGGGCAUACCAGAUCAAUGACGUUCUCAAGGAGGACUCGUCCACUGUCUUCAAGGAUGGCCAUAAUCCUUCACCGCUAGAGGAGAUAACCUUCUGGGAGUCUCGACGGGACAAUCUGAGGAACAUCUACUCGCAACUGCUGGAACCCCGAGUGCGCCAGAUCGGGGUCAUCUUGGAAGGAAUCGAUUCCGUGUACUAUUCGUCGUUUAAGAGUACCUUCCAGAGCGUGGUCCAGGCUGUGCACGAAGCUGACGACAUUACGCUGUACUUGAAACCUUUGAGGAAACACUUUGAGACCUUUGAGAGCACCGAGUUCACCGAUUCCUUGGACCUGAUUGCACCGAUGUUGCACUGCGUCUGUCUGAUGUGGGCCAAUUCGUUCUACUACGGAAGCAAUGCCCGGAUGAUGGUACUGUUCAAGAUGAUCAGCAACAUGAUGAUCGCCGAGGCGUCCAAGUGUCUGGAUCCAGGGUCGUUGUUCCAAGGGGAACCGGAUGAGUGUCUGUUGAAGAUCGGUAACGUCAUUGAUAUUCUGGUUUGCUACAAGGAACAUUUCCACGAUUUCCGUUCUCGACUGGAGAACUUCCGUCAACCGAGCACCCAACCAAGCUACUGGACGUUCCGGCUUCAGACGAUCUUCGAUCGUUUGGAUCUGUUCCUAACCCGUCUGGAUCAGGUCAAGCAGAUCUUUUUCACCGCAACGGAGUUCCGAAAAUUGGAGAAGGUGGAAAUAGGAGGGCUUCGUGGCAGGGCGAUCAGCCGGAAGAUUCAGGACGUCUUUGACGACUUCAACAAGCUGUAUCUUCGCUGGGGAGUGAUCCAGUACGACCCGCUGGAUCCGGAUCCAAGCGAAAGUAGUUUCGAACGGGAUCGGACCAGGUACCAAGAGAGGGCUGAUGUUCUGGAAAGGAAGUUGGCUGCGCAGUUUGUCCUGGCGUUCGAUGAGUGUUUCAACGUUGACCAGCUGAUAAAGUUGGUUACGAUUGCUGGAACGCUGUUGAAUAGGCCACUGAUUUUGCCGGACAUUCAUCGGAAGAUAGCCAACAUAGUGCAUCUCUACAACAACGACUUAAACAUUGUGAAACGAAUCUUUGAUGACGGUUGCGAAGCGUACGAGAAACACGGACUGGAGGGAAUUCCCAUCGAUACAGGGUUUCCACCGGUGUCCGGAGCGAUACUUUGGGUUCAUAAGCUGCGCGACCGCAUCACGAAACCUAUCAACGACCUAACUAUGGUGGAGUUUCCACUGUUUCAAGACGAAGACGCCGAUAUCGUGAUGAACAACUACAAGGAGAUGAUGAAAUUGUUGGAGACGUUCGAAGUCAAAUUGUUCAAGGAAUGGAGCUCGGGAGUCUCCAAAAAGAUCACCACUCAUAUGAACAAGGCUCUGCUUAUUCGGAAGGACAACCAGUUGCUGGAGAUGAACUUCAACCACGUGCUGGUGAUGAUCCUGCUGGAGAUUCGCUACAUGAAACGGAUGGGUCUGUUCGACAUUCCGGAAAAAGCGGUUCAGUUUUCCGAACUCGAAGAAAACCUCUGGCAAGCCCGUAUGAAGCUGAUGCGAAUUGUCGAAUGGUACAACGAGAUCUUGGAAAAUUGCGUAGCAUGCGAGAGGGAGCUGAUCUAUAAGGAAAUUGCCGAGAUCGACCAAAUCGUUGAACAAGCCUGCUCGGGAAGCAUUGAUUGGGUGAAUUACGAUCCGGCCUUCAUUGAAGACUUCUACGAAAAGCUGAAGAAUCUCCAUUCACGGGUUCUGAAGGCUCAGAACAACAUUAAGAAAAUUCUCGCCAGCAUUAGAAGUUGGGGUCGGAUGCCACUGUAUCAGCGUAAAGAUGGCAGCAAGGAUCUAUUGCUAGACAUUGAAGAUCGUCCCGGUAAAAUACAGCGACGGCUCCAAGAUUGCUUCGACACCAAAAAGGUCAUCGACGUAGCGAUGGAACAAAACUUCCGUUACUACUUUGACUUCUUCGUAGAAUCCGAGGUCAAGAUCUCCGAGAUGUCAGUCAAAACGAAAGGAACGUACGAGUCAGUUGUGGUUCAGCAAGAACCGUCCCAAGAAAAAGUCGACGAAGAAGGCGAAGCUUCGCAGACCGAUACGCUGGAGGAAAUUUCUUCCUUAGAGCACUCCGAGCUGGAUCGGACCACUUCCCAGUUGGCUCUAUACCGGCCGUAUCAGGAGUACAUAGAUUCGAUAGUAUCCAAGGAAAUCAUGGAAUCAAUUUACACCAGCGUGAAGUACAUUAAGUUUGAGAUGGAGAAUCGCUUAAGCCAUGAUGCUCCGCUGUUUGAAAUUAAAUAUCAGUUGAUACCGCCGAAAACGUGCUUCGUACCUACGUUGGAUGCUUUUGAUCCGAAUGGAUUCCUGGCAUUGGUUGAAGGUCUGAUGACUGAUAUCUACUGCAUGAGUACCAUUCCUAGGGUAGCUCAACCGCCGGAGAGCGAGCGAACCGAUGAAAAUGGCGAAGUAACGGAGACUACCUAUCUUGAUCAUUUGGAGAACCAACACGAAAUCGAACAGAUGAAGGAUUCCAUCAUAAAUCGUGUGAUCCAAACGAUUCGGGAGGGCGAAGAGUACACCCAACGGUUCGAUGAUUACAAUUAUCUCUGGUUGGAUGAUAAGCACAGCGUUUUGGAGCAGUUCCUCAAAUACGGACGACCUCUGACAGCCGAUGAAAUGGAGAUGCUGCUGUCGGCCGAUACACCGCUCCGAGAAGUCGCUCCCACCCUGGAUCAGUUCAAGACACAAAUCGAUAGCUAUUACGACCUGUACGAUAAAGUCUUCGCCACCAUGAACAUCUCCGUCAGCUUCGAUGUCUGGCUGUCCAUCGAUCUUCGCCACUUCAAAACGGCACUGCUGUCCGAAAUAUGCAAGUGGUCCAACCUCUACAAAAAGAACCUAAUUGACAAGGUCGUCGUCAGUCUGGCAGAGCUGCAAGAAUUCGCCAACGAAUGCGACGAGAUAUUCGUCCUCGAGGCCGCUGAAGAAGACUUCCCCACACUGUUGAAAAUCCUAUCUGCAUUGAACAAGCUGAAAGAGCGGGAAAACAUGUACGACAACAUGUUCGAACCUCUGAAAGCGACCGUCGAUCUCCUCAAGGGUUACAACGUAGAGUUUGACGAGAUCGUCUACAAACAAUUCGCCGAACUGCCGGAACGAUGGUUACACAUCAAGAAGACGGCUUCGAAAGUGCGCGAGAAGAUUGCUCCGGCGCAGACCUACCAGGUUGAUCUGAUCAAGAAACGAAUCACGCUGUUCGACAUCCGCUCCAAGUUAUACAGGGAGGGUUUCAAGAAGCUGGCCUUCUUCAAGGUUCCCUGCAAAAAUGUGUACCAGAUGUGCAAUCAGGUCAACCUGGAGCUGAACAUCAUGGAGACGCAGAUGAAGAAUCUGUGCGACUCGGCAGCACUGUUCGAGCUCAAUCCUCCGGAUGAUAACAAGCUCCGGCAGUGUCGGAAGGAGAUCCGAAUGGUCAAGCAGAUCUGGGAUUUUGUCUAUGCGGUGGAGUCUUGCGUGGACGAUUGGAAGAAGACACCGUGGAAGAAGAUCGACGUCGAAGCGAUGGAACUCGAGUGCAAGAACUACGGCAAACAGAUCCGGCAGCUCGAUAAGGAGAUGCGCUCGUGGAACCCGUAUCUGAACGUGGAGGCGGUGUUGAAGAAUCUGCUCACGUCGCUGCGGGCCAUCACGGAGCUGCAGAAUCCGGCCAUCCGGGAGCGGCACUGGAUCGAGCUGAUGCAUGCCACCAAGCUGUUGAAAACUUAUGGACGGGAAAUGUUGGUCCGUUUCCGGAUGGACGACUCCACGACCCUGGCCGAUCUGCUGGAGCUGAACCUGCACAACUACGAGGAGGAAGUGAAAACAAUCGUCGACAAAUCGGUCAAGGAGAUGGGCAUGGAGAAGAUCCUGCGGGACCUGGAGGUGGCCUGGCGGGAUUUGGCGUUCGAGGACGAGGUGCACGAGCGAACCGCGCUCAAGUUGCUCAAAGUUUCCGAGGAAGUUAUCGAAAUGCUGGAGGAGAACCAGGUGCAAUUGCAGAAUCUGAUGUCAUCGAAAUAUAUUGCCUUCUUCCUGGCGGAAGUUUCCAAGUGGCAGCUGGCACUGUCCAACGCGGAUCAGGUCAUUACGGCGUGGUUCGAGGUGCAGCGGAAGUGGAUGUACCUGGAGAGUAUAUUCAUUGGCUCGGAGGAUAUUCGCAGCCAGCUGCCGGAUGAUUCCAAGCGGUUCGAUGGAAUUGACAAGGAGUUUAAGCGAUUGUUGACCGAAGUUGCAGCGAAUUCGAAUAUUGUGAAGGCAACCAAUCGGGAGGGAUUGUAUGAGAAGUUGGAGGGGCUGCUUUCGGAGUUGGUACUCUGUGAGAAGGCUUUGAAUGAUUAUCUGGAGACGAAGCGAUUGGCUUAUCCGAGGUUCUACUUCGUUUCGUCAGCGGAUUUGCUGGACAUCUUGUCGAACGGUAACCAACCGGAACUGGUGGCGAAGCACUUGACCAAGCUGUACGAUUCGUUGGCGAAAUUGGUGUUCUCAAAGACUUCCAAGAAGAUGGCAGUGGGAAUGAUUUCCAAGGAGAACGAAGAGUAUGUAGCGUUCAAGGAGAAUUGUGACUGCAGCGGCAAGGUCGAGAUUUGGUUGAAUCGAGUGACGGACAGUAUGCGGAUCACGCUUCAUGACCUGUUCGAACAGUCCGUCAAUGCUUACGAAGAGAAACCCAGAGAUCAGUGGGUGUUUGAUUGGCCUGCUCAACCGGCACUUUGUGCGACGCAAAUCUGGUGGACUACGGAGGUGAACGUGGCCUUCGCCAGGCUUGAAGAAGGUUACGAAAAUGCACUCAAGGACUACCAAAAGAAACAGAUCGUCCAACUGAAUGCUUUGAUCGUUUUGCUUUGCGGAGAGUUGAGUCAAGGAGAUCGCCAGAAAAUUAUGACCAUCUGUACGAUUGACGUCCAUUCGCGAGACGUGGUGGCCAAGAUGAUACAGCAGAAAGUGGAAACUGGACAAGCGUUCCAGUGGCAGAGCCAGCUCAGGCAUCGCUGGGAUACGAAUUUGGACGAUUGCUACGCUAACAUUUGCGAUGCUGAGUUUCGCUACGACUAUGAAUACCUCGGAAACACUCCUCGGCUGGUUAUCACUCCCCUGACGGAUCGAUGCUACAUCACACUGACGCAGUCAUUGCAUCUUAUCAUGGGUGGUGCACCGGCGGGUCCAGCCGGAACGGGGAAAACCGAAACCACCAAGGAUUUGGGUCGCGCGCUCGGCAUCAUGGUGUACGUGUUCAACUGCUCGGAGCAGAUGGACUACAAAUCCUGCGGUAACAUCUACAAGGGCCUCUCGCAGACCGGGGCCUGGGGCUGUUUCGACGAAUUCAACCGAAUCUCGGUCGAGGUCCUGUCGGUGGUGGCUGUCCAGGUGAAAUCGAUCCAGGAUGCAAUCAAGGGCAAGAAGGAGAAAUUCAAUUUUAUGGGCGAAAUCAUCUCCCUCAUCCCAACGGUGGGCAUUUUCAUCACGAUGAAUCCGGGCUACGCGGGCCGAACGGAGCUGCCGGAGAACCUGAAGGCCCUCUUCCGUCCGUGUGCCAUGGUGGUGCCGGAUUUUGAACUGAUUUGCGAAAUCAUGCUGGUGGCGGAGGGAUUCCAAGAGGCCCGACUGCUGGCCAGGAAGUUCAUCACGCUGUACACGCUGUGCAAGGAGCUGCUGUCGAAGCAGGAUCACUACGAUUGGGGACUGAGAGCGAUCAAGUCGGUACUGGUGGUGGCCGGAGCGUUGAAGAGAGGUGAUCGAGAACGCCCGGAAGAUCAGGUGCUGAUGCGAGCUCUGCGAGACUUCAACAUUCCCAAAAUUGUGACGGAUGACGUGCCGGUCUUCAUGGGAUUGAUUGGAGAUCUGUUCCCAGCGCUGGAUGUUCCCCGGAAACGAUCACCAGAAUUCGAACGAUUGAUUCGCAAAUCGACAUUGGAAUUGAAGCUUCAACCCGAGGACAAUUUCAUUCUGAAGGUCGUCCAGCUGGAAGAACUGUUUGCCGUGCGCCAUUCGGUGUUCAUCGUAGGGUUUGCCGGCACUGGCAAGAGUCAAGUUUGGAAGACUCUGUUCAAGACCUAUCAGAACCAAAGGAGGAAGCCGCAUUACAAUGAUCUGGAUCCGAAGGCCGUCACGAAUGAUGAACUCUUUGGGAUCAUCAACCCGGCGACGCGUGAGUGGAAAGAUGGCCUAUUCUCGGUGAUCAUGCGAGAUCAGGCCAAUAUGGGUGGCACCGGACCGAAGUGGAUCGUCCUGGAUGGCGACAUCGAUCCUAUGUGGAUCGAAAGCUUGAAUACCGUCAUGGACGAUAACAAGGUGCUGACGUUGGCUAGCAAUGAGCGUAUUGCACUGACCAAAGAGAUGCGGCUGUUGUUUGAGAUCUCGAACCUGAGAACGGCGACUCCUGCCACGGUGUCCCGGGCCGGAAUUCUCUACAUCAACCCACAGGAUCUUGGAUGGAAUCCCUUCGUUGCCUCCUGGAUCGAUUCCCGUGAAACGCAAGCCGAGAAGUGCAUCCUAUCGGUUCUAUUCGACAAGUACAUCCCACCGUUGAUCGAUGCGCAGAAGCGGUUCAAGAAGAUCACUCCCAUCUCCGAAAUCGCCAUGAUCCAGAUGACCUGCCAUCUGCUGGACUGCUUGCUCACCCCCCAGAACAUUCCUCCGGACAGUCCCAAGGAAUGGUACGAAAUCUACUACGUCUUCGCCGUCAUCUGGGGUUUCGGAUCUUCGCUAUACCAAGACCAGCUGAUUGAUUGGCGUAACGAGUUCCACAAGUGGUGGAUCAACGAGUUCAAAGUCAUUCGAUUCCCGCCGGGUGGUACGAUCUUCAACUACUACAUCGAUCCGGAGACGAAGAAGUUCAAUCCAUGGACGGAUCUUGUCCCGAACUUCGAACUGGACACAGACAUCCCGUUACAAUCGACCUUGGUUCCAACCGCUGAGACCACCAGACUACGCUGGUUCAUGGACAUCUUAAUUGAGGCAAAGCACCCCGUCAUGCUGAUCGGUGGAGCCGGUUCCGGUAAGAGCGUAAUCGUAGCGGACAAGCUGAACAAUCUUUCCUACAAAUACGCCGUCACUAAUGUACCCUUCAACUUCUACACCACUUCGGAGAUGCUUCAGCGCGUUCUGGAAAGGCCACUGGAGAAGAAAGCCGGUCGUAAUUACGGUCCUCCGGGAAACAAAACCAUGGUCUACUUCGUGGAUGACAUGAACAUGCCGGAAGUGGACACGUACGGCACGGUCCAACCGCACACCCUGAUUCGACAGUUCAUGGACUACCGGCAUUGGUACGAUCGCACCAAGCUAAGCCUCAAGGAAAUCCACAACUGUCAGUUCGUCUCCUGCAUGAAUCCAACUGCCGGAUCGUUCACCAUUGACCCCCGUCUUCAGCGACACUUUUGCGUCUUUGCCGUCAGCUUCCCUGCGGGCGAUCCUCUCUAUCACAUCUACUAUUCGAUCCUCUCGCAGCACCUGGCAAAUCCAUUGAACAAAUUCACCAUACAAACGCAGAAGAUUUGCGCCGCCCUGGUGUCCUGCGCGCUGAUUCUACACCUUCGCAUGGGACAGACCUUCCUGCCAACGGCAGUUAAGUUCCACUACGUGUUCAAUCUGCGUGAUCUGGCCAACAUCUUUCAGGGGAUGCUGUUUGCCAACGGAGAGACGUGUCCUGAGCCAAACUACUUGAUUCGAUUGUGGGUUCACGAGGCUACCCGGGUCUACAGCGAUAAGCUGGUAGAUGAUCGGGAUAUCGAAACGUUCCGGAAGGUUCGAUCCGAUGUGGUGAAGAAGUCAUUCGAGGAGUUUGACGAGAGCAAGGUGUUUGCGCUGCCCAUCAUCUACUGUCACUUUGCGGAGGGGUUGGUUGAUCCCAAGUACAUGCCCGUGGCCAGUUGGGAGAGUUUGAACAAGACCCUGGAGGAAGCACAGGGAAACUACAACGAUAUGAUCGGAGCGAUGAAUUUGGUGCUGUUCGAGGAUGCCAUGAGCCAUGUUUGCAGAAUCAGUCGGAUCCUGGAGGGACCGAGGGGAAAUGCACUGCUGAUUGGAGUUGGAGGAUCGGGAAAGCAGUCGCUGUCACGAUUGGCGGCGUUCAUUUCCGGCUUGGAAGUGUCGCAGAUUCAACUGAGAAAAGGAUAUGGCAUUCCGGAUCUCAAAGCAGACCUGGCUGUGCAGUACAUAAAGGCCGGGGUUAAGAACGUCCCCUGUAUGUUCCUGAUGACCGAUGCCCAGGUUGCGGAAGAGUCGUUUUUGGUGUUGAUCAACGAUCUGCUGGCGUCCGGGGAGAUUCCGGACCUAUUCCCAGAGGACGAUAUCGAUAACAUUGUCAAUGCCCUGCGGAAUGAGGUUAAACAGCUAGGGAUGCUGGAUUCGAAGGACAACUGCUGGAAGUACUUCAUCGAGAAGGUUCGGAAGUCGUUGAAGAUCGUGCUGUGCUUCUCGCCGGUUGGAUCAACACUGAGAGUCCGAGCAAGGAAGUUCCCGGCGUUGGUCAACUGCACUGCGAUCAAUUGGUUCCAUGAGUGGCCCAAGUCGGCACUGGAGUCGGUGUCCAAUAGGUUCCUAUCGGAUGUUGAUGUCAUGCCGCGCGACCUGGUGGAACCGGUUGCGGUGUUCUUGGCGUAUGUCCACGGAACUGUCAACGAGAUGUCGCAGAUUUACCUGCAGAACGAGCGACGCUACAACUAUACCACACCGAAAUCGUUCCUGGAGUUGAUUGCGCUGUAUUCCAAGUUCUUGAAGGAGAAGCACACGGAGUUGAACGAAAGAGUUCACCGUCUCGAGAGUGGUAUCUUGAAGCUGGCAGAAUGCGCAGAGCAGGUGGAUUCGCUUCAGGUCCAACUGGCCGAACAGGAAGUGGUGUUGAAGAAGAAGAACCAGGAAGCCGAUAAGCUGAUUAAGAGAGUCAGUGCGGAGAACGAGAUGGUUCAAAAGGAGAAAAACAUUGCCGCUGAAGAGGAAAAGAAAGUCCGAAUUAUUCAAGAAGAUGUCAGCGUUAAGACUACGAUCUGCCAGGAAGAUUUGAGAAAGGCCGAACCGGCACUCAUUGCCGCUCAAGAGGCUCUGGCUACUUUGGACAAGAACAACCUAACGGAACUGAAGUCCUUCGGCUCCCCGCCGGAACAGGUAGUGAAGGUUUGCGCAGCGGUGCUAGUUUUGUUCUCAUCGAAGGGAAAAAUUCCCAAAGACCGCAGCUGGAAGGCCUGCAAAAUGAUGAUGAAUAAAGUCGACGUGUUCAUGGCCGACCUCAUGUACUAUGACAAGAACAACAUUCAACCGGAUGUGAUUAAAGCAUUGCAGGAGUACCUUAAGGACUCAGACUUUGAUCCGGAGAAGAUUCGUUCCAAAUCGGCUGCCGCAGCCGGACUGUGUGCUUGGGUCAUCAACAUCCACAAAUACUACCAGGUCUAUCAGGUGGUGGAACCUAAACAGCGGGCCUUGGACGAAGCCCAAGCCGAGCUGCAUGCCGCUGAGUUGAAAAUGUUGGAGCUGACACUGAAGAUCAACGAACUGGAGGAGCAGCUCGGAGUAAUUCAGGCCGAAUUCAACGAUGCCCUGGCGGAGAAGCAAAAGUGCCAGGACGAGGCGGACAAGACGGCCUUCACGAUCGACCUCGCACACCGUCUGGUGAAUGGACUGGCGUCGGAGAAUGUGCGCUGGCGGGAAUCGAUAGCUCAGCUGAAGAGCCAAACCGUGACUCUGCCCGGCGACGUGCUAUUGAUUGCUUGCUUUAUCAGCUACGUCGGUUGUUUCACCAGGCGGUACCGAGUCGAGCUGCAGGAGAAGAUGUGGAUACCAACCUUCCGGCUGUCCAAGCCGGCCAUACCGUUCACGGAAGGUGUCGAUCCGCUGAACUUGAUCGUCGAUGACGCCGUCAUUGCUUCCUGGAACAACGAAGGACUCCCAUCCGAUCGCAUGUCUGCGGAGAAUGCUGCGAUUCUAACGUAUUCCUCGCGCUGGCCGUUGAUGAUCGAUCCUCAGCUGCAAGGCAUCAAAUGGAUCAAACAAAAGUACGGAAGCGAUCUGACCGUUCUCCGUCUGACUGCUAGGGGCUACCUGGAUGUGAUCGAGCGGUGCGUCAUCAACGGAAGCAUCCUGUUAAUUGAAAGCAUUGGCGAAACUGUAGACGCAGUGCUGGACCCUCUCCUCGGGCGCAUGCUGGUCAAGAAGGGUCGCUGCUUGCGGAUGGGUGAAAAGGAGAUCGACUACAAUCCCAAAUUCCAGCUGAUUCUUCAAACGAAACUGGGCAACCCUCACUACAAACCGGAGAUGCAAGCUCAAACGACGCUGAUCAACUUUACCGUCACUCGGGACGGGCUCGAGGAGCAACUUCUCGCAGAAGUCGUCAAGGCAGAACGUCCGGAUCUUGAGCAGCAGAAGGCCGAUCUCACCAUGCAACAGAACACCUUCAAGAUCACCUUGAAAAUGUUGGAAGACGACCUGCUGAGUCGACUGUCUUCCGCUGGAGAAAACGUGCUGGAGGACGCCAGCUUGGUUCUGAACCUGGAGAAGACCAAGAAGACGGCUGCCGAAGUGGAGAUCAAAGUCAGCGAAGGCAAAAAGACCUCCGAGCUGAUCGACGUGGCUCGCGAGAGCUACCGACCUGCAGCAGAACGUGCCUCGAUCCUAUACUUCAUCCUCAACGACCUCCACAAGAUCAACCCUAUCUACCAAUUUUCCCUGAAGGCUUUCACGACCGUAUUCAAGGACGCCAUCGCCAUUACUCCACCGGCUGAUAAGCUGAAGGAUCGGGUCUUCAAUCUGAUAGACUCGAUCACGUUCGCCGUUCACAUGUACACCAGUCGGGGAUUAUUCGAGAAGGACAAGCUGAUCUUUAUGGCACAGAUGGCGAUUCAGAUUAUGUUGGUUGCAAAGGAGAUCGAUCCGACCGAGUUGGACUUCCUGUUGAGGUUCCCAUACACUCCGAACCUAACGUCGCCGUUCGACUUUUUGACUAAUGCCGGAUGGGGCGGUAUCAAGGCUUUGUCGAACAUGGAUGAGUUUAGAUCGUUGGACAAGGAUAUCGAGGGAUCUGCUAAGAGGUGGCGAAAGUUGAUCGAGUCGGAAUGUCCCGAAAGGGAGAAGAUGCCUGGCGAGUGGAAGAACAAAACCGCUUUGCAGAGAUUGUGCAUUAUGCGUUGCUUGAGACCGGAUCGCAUGACCUACGCCGUGAGGGCCUUCGUUGAGGAGAAACUCGGUGCGAAGUACGUUGAAGCUCGUAUGGUGGAGUUUGAUAAGUCCUUUAAGGAAACCAGUUCAUGCACGCCGGUGUUCUUCAUUCUAUCGCCUGGAGUGGAUCCGCUGAAGGACGUUGAAAAGCUGGGCAAAAAGCUGCGCUACUCAACCGAUCACGGCAACUUCUACAACGUCUCACUCGGUCAAGGCCAGGAAGUGGUCGCCGAGAAGGCUAUCGACGAUGCCUCCCGCGAUGGUCAUUGGGUGAUUCUGCAGAACAUUCAUCUGGUGGCAAAGUGGCUUCCAACUCUGGAGAAGAAAAUGGAAGCCACUCAAGACGCUUCCAAUCAAAACUACCGCCUUUUCAUCAGUGCUGAACCAGCGCCAUCGCCGGAAUACCACAUCAUCCCGCAAGGAAUUCUUGAAUCAGCGAUCAAGAUCACCAACGAACCGCCAACCGGAAUGUUGGCCAACAUACACAAGGCGUUGGACAACUUCAACCAGGAAACGCUGGAGAUGUGUGGCAAAGAAGCUGAAUUCAAGGCGAUUCUGUUCUCCCUCUGCUACUUCCAUGCCGUUGUCGCCGAGAGGAGAAAGUUCGGUCCACAAGGAUGGAACCGCGUCUACCCCUUCAACGUCGGUGACCUCACGAUCAGCGUCUACGUACUCUUCAACUACCUGGAGGCGAACAACCGUGUUCCGUGGGAAGAUCUCCGCUAUCUCUUCGGAGAAAUCAUGUACGGCGGUCACAUCACUGACGAUUGGGAUCGACGUCUCUGCCGAACCUACUUGGAAGAACUGAUGCAACCCGAAUUGGUGGAUGGCGACCUCAAUCUGUGCACUGGUUUCCCUGCUCCUCCCAAUCUCGACUACGCCGGCUAUCAUAACUAUAUCGAUGACAACCUACCCGUUGAAUCGCCUUACCUCUAUGGACUGCACCCGAAUGCGGAAAUCGGCUUCCUGACGACCUUGUCGGAACAAUUGUUUAAAACCAUCUUCGAACUGCAACCCAGAGACUCCGGUGCCUCCAGCGGAUCAACCGUAAGCCGCGAAGACGUUGUAAAAACCAUCAUCGAAGACUUCACCGACAAACUACCGGAGGAGUUCAACAUGGGCGAUCUAAUGGCCCGUGUCGAAGAUCGUACACCGUUUGUGAUCGUUGCCUUCCAGGAAUGCGAACGGAUGAACAUUCUGGUCAAGGAAAUGAAGCGUUCCCUCCGGGAACUGAUGCUUGGACUCAAGGGAGAGCUGACCAUCACAUCCGAUAUGGAAGAGCUGGAAGCGUCCCUGUUCUUUGACCACGUUCCGGAAAAUUGGACCAAACGAGCCUACCCUUCAAUGUUUGGACUGCAGUCGUGGUUCGCAGAUUUGACCAUCCGGAUCAAAGAGUUGGAAGCCUGGUCCAAUGACUUCAAUUUGCCUGCGUCGGUUUGGUUGGCGGGAUUCUUCAAUCCUCAGAGCUUCCUGACGGCAAUCAUGCAGCAGACCGCACGGAAGAACGAAUGGCCACUGGACAAGAUGUGCCUGAGUUGCGAUGUGACCAAGAAGUGGAAGGAGGAUAUCAGUGCACCGCCCAGGGAGGGUGCUUACGUGAACGGUCUCUACAUGGAAGGGGCCCGGUGGGAUACCAAUAUCGGAUCGAUUGCCAGCUCCCGGUUGAAGGAACUGUUUCCGCAAAUGCCCGUCAUGUUCAUCAAGGCCAUCACACAGGAUAAGCAGGAGACGAAGAACAUCUACGAGUGUCCCGUUUACAAGACAAGGAUUCGAGGACCUACUUACGUGUGGACGUUCAAUUUGAAGACGAAGGAGAAACCGGCCAAGUGGACGCUGGGAGGCGUUUGUCUGUUGCUGCAGGUUUAAUUUUCAGAACUGAAG